GAAAAGAACUAUCCUAUAUAUCUAUGCAAACCAACACAAACUACAUACUUUACUUCAUAGUACUCCACCUUCACCACAACUAUUAUUUCUUCUCCUUCAAUUUUUCUCCAUCUAUAAAACAACAGAAUGGAAGAAAUUCCCAAGUUUCUCUAUGCGAUUCCUAUAGGAACAACGAGUGAGAACAAUGGGAAACAUGAAAUCUUAGAGAAUAGAAAGCUCGAGCUUAGGCUUGCUCCUCCGGGGCAAGAACAGCCUCCUCUGCUUUCUCUUCCUGGAGCCAAAAGAGGGAUAUUACAUGAAGGUACAAAUAGGAUUUCGCCAGCACAAGAUCAAAGGAGUGCCAAAAACUGCAGGCUCGAGAAGAGCCCAGUCAUCGGUUGGCCCCCAGUUCGUUCGUCUAGAAAAAACACUACAGCUAGUGGUUCUCUGAAGCAAACAGGCCCAAAGAUUACUAGUAUGAUCAAAGAGGAGAAAGAUGAUGGCAGCUCGGAAAAGCCUAAAGAUGCUUUGUUUGUGAAGGUUAACAUGGAGGGUGUCCCCAUAGGAAGAAAAGUUGAUCUGACAGUUUAUGACAAUUAUGAAGCACUCUACUCAGGUGUUGAUGCACUCUUCACAGGACUUCUUGCUGCUCAAAGAGAUGAUUUGGCUGGUCUAGAGGGAAAUGAGGCAACUGCACAAGUUCACAGUGGAAUAUCAGGAAGCAAGGAAUAUACACUAGUUUAUGAGGAUGAGGAAGGAGACAGAAUGCUAGUGGGUGAUGUUCCCUGGCACAUGUUUAUAUCUUCGGCUAAGAGGUUGCGCCUAUUGAAGAAGUCCGAAGUUUCUGCACUAUACAGUAAGUAGAGGCAAGCUGGGGAACUUUUGAACCAAUCAGGCUUGGCUACAACCACUGGGAGAUGCUAUAUAAUUUUAUAAUAAUUCUCCUUUCCUGUGUGCUAUCACUUCAAAGGGCCAAUAAUGUAGUCCCUAUUUCUGUGUAUUAUUCCUCAGAGUCUAUCUUUAAAGUUAAAUGUAGUACAAAUAUGUGUGCUUAUAUAGGCUAUUGUAUCAAUUUCACAAUUGAAGUGUAUGUAACCAUAUCCGUAAGAAUGUAAUGCCUAAAAUAAAAAUUUAAUGUAAUUUCAUCUGUAA